AUGAGUGGUAACCCUUUAACCACAGUUGAUAUUUCCAACUUGGAAGAUCCCAAGGUAUCCAAGGAGUUGUUAGAUGCUAUGGUAUCGCAAGGAUUUGUGUUUAUCGACGGUCAUAAAUUUGAAGCUGGAGAAGUUGACAAGAUAUUUGACUUAUCUAAGGAGUUUUUUGAAUUACCAUUGGAGUAUAAACAAAAUUUUCCAUUUGACAACACUAAUUCUGGGUACAUUCAAUUCAAUAGGGAAAACCUUGAUCCUUCUCAAAAGAGGGAUUUUAAGGAGGGUUUAAACUUCAGUGGCAUUGAUUUUACAACCGGGGAGCCUUCAGGACCAGUUCCAAAAUGGUUCACUGAGGAUGCAGAACGACACAAGUUUAUCAAAGGCACGAUUUUGAAAUUAAAUCGAUUGGCCCUUGACUUGCUUUUAAUAUUAGCUAGAAGUCUUGAAAUUCAAGAUAGUGAAGAAGGUCCAGGUAUCGAAUGGUUCACAUCAAGAUACAAACCCACAUCCACGUCCGGGUCAACUCUUCGGUUCUUGCACUACCCGGCCCAAAACACCAACGAUGAGCUGAGUGAAGUCCGUGCUGGUGCUCACACUGACUACGGCUCUAUGACGCUUUUGUUUCAAAAGGAGCACCAGGAAGGACUAGAAAUAUACAGUCCUGUCAGCAAAAAAUGGGAAAAGGUACCAUUUGUUGCUAGUACCAAACCAGAUAUGGCGCCUCCUAUAAUUGUAAAUAUUGGGGAUUUGUUAAGUUAUUGGACUGCUGGGUUACUCAAAAGUACUAUACACAGAGUCAAAUUCAGCAAUUCUCAAGCAGAAGAUAGAUAUUCAAUUGUAUUUUUCAGCCACCCAAGUGAUGAAACAUUAUUGGAACCAGUGCCAAGUGAAUUGUUGAAAGAUCGUACUGGUAGAGGUGUGGCUAAGGACACUGAAUACAUCACAGCUUUGCAGCAUUUGCAGAAGAAGAUAUCAAACACCUACGGUUAUUAA